UGUCAAUCAUGUACCCCGCCCACGCGAAACCUAGCUGUGAUAACCUUCCUCUCGACUCGCUCCCAACAGAACUUCUCCAUGAAAUUGCUGCUUAUCUUUCUGUCAAGGAUGUACUUUCCUUUUCCCGUGUCUGCAAAGAAUUCAAUCUACUCAGUCUCGACAUCUUAUACAAGAAAAUUCAUAAAGUCAAGUCUCAAUGUCUUAAUACUAUUGCCUACAACUCUCGAACCGCGCGAGCUGUAAAGACCUUUGUGCUACCCACCCAGAUCAACAAUCAGCCUGAUAGGGUAUGUACUUGGCUAGGGUCUGGGGAUAGCGUGGACGUUUUACUACCCGCAGAAUCUGCGGCGGAUGUCAAGGCUGCCUCAAUCUUACCAACUUUAUCCAAUUUGCAAGAUCUUUCUGUUCCCUCGUUCAGUCCCAUUUAUGUGGAAGCAUUAUCCCAAUGUCAUUUUCCAAAUUUCCGGGUCCUUUCAUACGCCAUGCCAAUCACACAACCGAUCACGACCUUUCUUUCGCGCAGUACGACUCUCGUCAGUCUGACCUUCGAUUGCUAUCUUCCAUUUCACCGCAACCUCGUCCCCCGAUCUAUCGCUCUUCCGGAAUUGCGCUGCUUGUCAGGAAGUCCACAAGUGAUCAAACUCUUCGCUGAACAUGCGCCCCUCCAGAAUGUCCAUAUCGAUUGGAAAUACGAACGAGCGAAAAUGGGAAUACUUGAUGAAGCUUUGAGUUUUCUAGCGAUUCACUGUUCGUUGACCUUACAAGAACUCGAUGUGUACCGUAACACCUUCAGGCAAUCUACAUGCAAUACCCAAAUUCUUGUGAAGAUUUCUGAAAAACUCCCCGGUAUUACAAAACUGGGUUUGAAUGAUAUCGAUAUAUCAAACAGACCUAUCGUCGACAAUGCCUUUUCUCACUUCAAAUAUCUCGAGUCUUUAAACAUGGAUCAUCACCCUCCCAAUGCCAUUCGCUCACCCCGACUGUUCAGCUCUGUAGAACCGGACUAUAACCAAGACGAAGCUAUGAUUCUUUCUUGGGCCUCUGAUGAGUGUUGCCCCGCUCUUCGAAAAUGCCGGCUACCCAAUGGUAUACAGUGGUCUCUUCACGGACCUAAACUUUGGUUUCCCUUGCUCUCAAGUGUUCCUCAACGCAAAGCCCUUCUGCUCAACGCUUCUAAGUGGUGUAAACGUCGCGCAGUCUGCUAAAUUUGAACGAGAUACCGUG